ACACUGCGCCGGGAACCCAGGAAACCCAAUGUCUUCGAUACCAGCAAUAUGUCGAACCUGUCUCGAUCCAGAGGGUCGAUAUUUCCAAAUUUCCGAUUAUGUGGAUGAGAGCUUGAGUAUCAUCGAAAUUCUAGAUGUAAUUGUGCCCCAAAUUCGUAUCAUGGAAGAAAAGCACUCUGAAUUUGCGCCACUUAUAUGCGAGGAAUGUUUGGAAAAGUUGUUGCAGUCUUACAGAUUUCAACAGCUUUGUAUUGAUGCUGACAACCAACUAAGGAAAUUAUUUGAAGAGGAUGCAGAGAGCCAGGAAAUGCAGAUGGAUACCAAAACGCCAAUAGAAUUUUUGGUAGAUGAAAAGAACGAUGUUAAAGUGGAAAUUGAAUAUGUAAUUGAAGGUAGCGAAGUUAAGGACAUAGUAAAUCCAAAUGUGGAGACCUGUAUAGAGUUGGCAAAUGGCUCCAAUGAAGAAGAAACAGAAGAGGAACAUGUUGAAGUCGUUGAAAAUACUGAGGAAAUAAUUGACAUCUUGGAAUCAAAUACACCUCCAAUCUCCGACACACAACAUUUCUGCAGGAACUGCGAUAAGAAAUUUGAAAGCUUAUCCUGUUUCAAAGCUCAUUGUUGCUCGAAACCCGUAGUCCGUUCACUUUUCAAUUGUGAAAUGUGUCAUAUCACUUUUCCCAAUGAAAAAACUUACAAAGCCCACAUACUUGAGCACGAGGAAGAGGAAAACAAUAACAUCAAUGUUGAUAAUAAUGAAAAUGUCCUGGGAGAAGAUGAAGUAGAAGUUGACAUAGACCAAUUGAUAACCAAAGAAGCAGAAGAGGAGCACUUAAAGGAGGACACAGCUGAAGAGGAGGUUGGAACAGAGACAAUCAUAGAUAAUUGGUCUGAUCUUAAUGACAAUAGUGAUGAGUAUACGAUCACAAAUGAGCAAAACUCUUCCGCAGGAGACUGUGAAGAAGCCCUGAUAGAAAAGGCAAGCGAUAAAAAUCGCCGUAAUUGUCGCUAUCCAUGUGAGGUGUGUGGAAAAAUUUAUGAUCGUAUAUCGCGUCUACAACGACACAGCCGAGUCCAUUCGCUGCAUAAAAAGUAUGAAUGUGAAAUCUGUAAGGCACGCUUCUCCACUGCCAGUUACCUGAAAAUCCACCAAGAUAAACAUUUACAACAGGACCAUGCUAACGAAACACCUCCGCCCGGUGGCUACAAAUGUCCCGAUUGCCCAAGACGAUUUGAAAAAUUAACUGCCUUAUCCGGACAUCGACGUUCACAUUCCGAUAAACAGCAGAUAACCAAGAAAUUACUCUGCAACUACUGUCAACGUAAGUUUCUAUCAGAGAAAACCCUAACGGAGCACAUACGUAACAAACAUCCCGAUGAGAAAUACAUGUGUGAUCAAUGUGAUCGUACAUUUGUCCUGCACUCGAAACUCAUAGAGCAUCUUAGCGUACAUCGCGAGCUUAUUUGUGAUAUUUGCCAAAAGGAGUUUGCCUUCGAGAGUCUGCUAAAGGAACACAUGCGCACUCACAGUGGAGAAUGUCCAUUUUUGUGUCCACAGUGCGGCAAGACAUUUAAAUGUGGUGGUAAUUUACGUCAGCACAUAGAACGCCACUCGACCGUUAAGAGACAUGCCUGCCCCAGUUGUUCAAGACGUUUCAAAUGUCGCACCGACUUGAAGAAACACAUGUCCACACAUCAGGGGGUGAAGAAUUAUGUCUGUGAUAUCUGUGGUAUUCGCUUUACCCGAGCAUUUAGUAUGGAACAACACAAACGUUUGCAUAUGACGAGUAAGUUGACUCAUUCGUGCGAUCUGUGUAAUAUGUCAUUUAAUACCGAGACAAAUUUGAAGCGACAUGUGCAACAAGUACAUCCUAAUGAAAAUGGGAAUUAGUAUGGAAAAUUGCAAAUGAAGUAAAUAGUUAAACAAAUAUAUUUGUGAAUAUAAAAGUAA